AGUACGUGAGAAAGUGUCAAAUGGGGUUUGGUAUUGAACCUAUCAUCACAAUGUCCGUACUUUCCGGACUAAUUGUGCUGCUUUUGCCACUGCUUGUGCGAAAGGGGCCAAACCGAGGGUGGGCAACGACUUACAUGCACCAGAUGAACCCUCUGUUUGGUCCAAUUCUGCACAACACCACGAUUCUUCUCAUGCAAAAGGAGUGGGCAGGCAUGUACCCACACGGAAUUCAAGAAGCUGGUCACGAAGCUGUCGUUACGGCCAGUCAUUGAUCAAAACCACGAAUCUUUUGAUUAAAAUUUUUUGAACCUGAGACAAUUUUAGAUGAAUGCUGCAUUCCGCAAUAUUGCAAGUAAUUUCCCAUCAAAUGUUAAUUGGUCUGAAUUUUCGAGCUGUAAUUUAUUUGACUAUUGCGUUCAGCUUUGUGCAUUCCAAGUCCG